AUGCCGCAGCUCCCACCCGACGUCACGACCAACAACACAAUCGACCAAGGAGACCAAGUCUUGAUGAUGGACGUGAGCGCUUUCGACGCCGCGGCCAGCAGCUUCGGCGUCAGCAACUCCACAAUGUGCGCCAUAAUUGUUAUGGUCACUGCCAGAUACUACAUGAGGGACAUGGUCAAGGUCGCCCGGAAGCUGGGCUUCAACAUCAUUUACGGCGACAUCGAUUCGAUCCUCGUCCGCGUCGAAUGGAGACAGAGCACGGCUGCGAGGAUACGGCCCAUCUCAUCACGCAAGGGUGCGACUUAUGCAGAGUGGUUUCAGUCCUCCACGGGGAGAAAUCUGUCGGACGCCAACAAAGAGGCGUAUAUCCUUUCGGGGAUCGUCAGGACAAUCAUGAUGGCCAUCCAGGAGGGAUGGAAGCAGCAGAAGAGGCAGGCCGGGUUAAGGAUAUGUCCGUUUGACAUGCGGUCCGAGGUUGAGAUCUCCAUCAUCGUCGUGCUGUGCUGGUGGACGGAUACCGACUGGGGUGACACCUGGAACGCCAAUACGACUGGCGACAUGAUAUACAACGAUGAGAUGUGCAUGAUCGAGCAGCUACCUACGGACGCGUACUACGAUGGCGGAGUCAUUGUAGCUGUGGAUUCCGUCAUCUCCGAGAAUGGCAGCAGUGCUAGCGACGCUAGAGAAGUACAAGAGUGUUUCGACCAAGUGGUCCAGUCCGAAGUCAACGUCUUUGGCGGCUCCACUGUCUCCGUCAAGCUAUCGCUCAAGGCUAUGUGGCUGGGCUGGACCGUUUUCAAAGACAACACCCCAUACCUGGACAAGUUCUUCCCGACCCACGACGUGAAGCCGGGCCAGGUGGCGUCCCCAAUCGCGCUGCUGAUCCCAUUCUGCAGGUUCUCCGUGGAGCCCAAAAACCAGCUUGGACAUGGGGAUGAUGAAGCACGCCCCUGCCCCUUGCCAACCAAGGGCGACAAUACCAUGUUGACGAACAGCCACGGUCGGCCCAUGGAAAUGACAUGGCUGCCGGGAAACAUGGCUCAUCACGAGUCCAAGGGGUCUAAAGUUGUUAUCCUGGAGGUGGAUGCGGCAGUGACGUUUAACGGUAAUUGUGGUGUUGAACUUCGUGACGGGGACGUGGAAGGAGGAGGUUGGUGGGCAGAGCCCAAGAAUCCUCCGCUAGGUGUAUGGAAGUGGAGCGAAGGGCCGUUUGCUUCUGCCAUCAAUUCCAACAAGAACCUCGAGAUUAGGGACAAGUUGGCGAACUGGUAUGGGCUUACGUUCACGGUUGGCUCAACGCUUCUGACGUCGCAGAUGCCGCACCUCGAGGACCCAUCAGGGGGGUUGAACGCGAACCUAAACCCAUUCAAUGGGAUCAUCAACUUCAAGAUGGGGACCAGGAACGAGGAUGCCCGGACCACGCUGACGCACGAAGACGAACCCGACUAUAACGCUGAGUUACCGUCCGCACGGGGGAACGUUCUUCGACAGCAGGGUAUUGAUCUCCUGUCAGCAGUACAACAUGUUGAAAAGGCAACGCGCAACCUGCCCGAGAUGAGGCACUCCAUCACGCCUUCUGACACCAAGAAGUCUUGGAACGUGCCGUUAAAGAUCAUGAUGUUGCCGAACGGCCUCAUGAUGGCCUUGACCUGCUUCAAUAGACUGGUUUCCGCGUCGCAGUUCAAGAUUCUGAGCCUCGUCUUCUGUGCAAGCAGCCUUGAGGUGUUGACAUUCAAGUCGACGACCAUGUACGAGCGGUUCCUCGGAUCCAGGUUCUUGAGCUCCUGGAACUUUAGGAUUCCCACACAGACAAUGGAUGACCUUCCUGCCCGAGGCCCCCUGGCUCUUUGCGCAGUUGCUGCUUAUCUUCCUCAUCUCGAUCGAUGUGCUCACGACGUUGUACAGGAUAGUGGAUACGUUCUUGUUGCUGACCGCAGCCAGGAUGUAGCGCCUGAUCAUCUCCGGGGUAUUGGCUUGAUAACAACGCCCUUCAUUGUCGACUUACCGGCCUUUGCGUACGAAACCUGGAUCACCGGGUCGAUGGUCCUCAACAACCCAGACUUGGAGACCAUGUCCAGUGUGGGCAACUUCAUCCCCCAAUGUCUGGUUCUUGCUGAUGCACACGUGGCCCUCGUGCGCCAGGUUCUGCUGGUUCUUUAG